AUGCCUCGGCUCUUACCGUAUUUCCGUAAUUUACCACGGCUACUGUUUGGAGACCUGUGGAGAUACGGUUUUGUUACCGCGCGGGUAAAUCCUUGGAUAAAUCUUUUGGAUCGAACUGUCAAGUCCCCAUUUGGAGAACAAUUCCUCUUUCGUGCUCUCCUUCGGUUCUUCUCUUCUUCCUCGAUCUUCUUUGCACAAUCCCCCCCUAAGGUUAUAAUCACUCCCUUCCUCUUCCCCCUGAUCGUCGAUCCUCGUGGGGCGGUUCGGCCAGUCAUCCUUUCAUCAUUCACAGUUGUUGCAUCACGACCCUUGCAGGAUCACCCCAGGAUAUACCCCCCACGAUUCGAAAAAGUCCUCCCCCCCCCCGUCCCCGCCCCGGGAAAGUCUAAUCCCUUUGCCACCGUCCUUGCCCUCUUGCCCUCCUUUGCCCUGUUUUUACGAAAUAGCCAGGUCGUUUUCCUGAUGGACUCGACACGAACACCCCAUCCCGCCAAGUCCCCCGCCCAACCCUUUGCGCCCAUCUCCAACUUGACACCUUCAAAUCUCCCCAGCGCAGUCGCUCAACCUCACCCAUUUGCUCUCUCUUCAAACUCGGAUGCCCAACCUCUUACUGCUCCGAUACAAUCCGCAUCCAUUGAUUUUGCCCACUCCGCCAUGUCACAGGCUCAGCCUCUUGCCCAAGCGCUCAAUACCUCGGCACCGGCUGGAAUACCGGCCGUUCGGCCUGUGACCACCGAGUCCGCCCCUCAAUCGGACGCCAUUCCCUCUACCCAGCAGCCAUCCGAUAUCUAUCCACACCAAGUCCACGGUCUGGGGGGGGCCAACUGCGACGGCGCCGUUCCUGCAGGACUUCAGUUUGGUCGCGGAGGCUGCAAAGAGGGCACAAAUGGCCGUCGUUAUGCGAGAUCUAGAGAGCGUCACCCUUUAAUCGGGACCACGGCUUAA